ACAAAAUCAAUUACUGAUGAGUUUAACUAAAGCAGAUAUCAACAAACAAGGUUGGGAAGACUCUGAAUUCCCUAUUUUGUGCGAAACUUGCUUAGGCGACAAUCCAUAUGUUCGCAUGUCUAAACAACCUUUCGGCAAAGAAUGCAAGACAUGUAACAGACCUUUUACUGUAUUCCGUUGGUUACCAGGAUCGAAUAUGCGACACAAGAAAACCGAAAUUUGUCAGAACUGUGCAAAGUUGAAGAAUGUGUGUCAAACUUGUAUUCUUGAUUUACAAUAUGGUCUUCCUGUACAAGUUCGAGAUACUGCUCUUGGUAUAAAACCUGAUGCACCUACUACUGAUAUCAAUCGACAAUACCAUGCUCAGAAUCUAGCAAAUAAGAUCGAUGAUGAUAGUAAAGAUCCCUAUGGUGGUGGUCAAAAUGCUGCAAGCAAUCGAGACAUUCUCAAAAGUUUAGCAAGAACCGAACCUCAUUACAAACGAAAUCGUGCUCACAUUUGUUCCUUUUUUGUCCGUGGUGAAUGUAAUCGUGGUGCUUCUUGUCCAUAUAGACAUGAAAUUCCAGAAGAAAAUAAAGAAUUAUCAAGACAAAACAUCAAGGAUCGUUACCGGGGUAUCAAUGAUCCUGUGGCAAAAAAGAUUCUCAGUAAAACUACCAAUAUGCGAUCCUCAUUGGCACCUCCCGAAGAUAAAUCAGUGACUACUCUCUUUAUCACAGGUGUGGAACCCAAGAUCACUCAAGAAGAUAUCAAGGGAUUCUUUUAUGCUUUUGGAGAAAUCAAAUCUAUUAUUGUUAUUCACAAAUCAAAAUGUGCAUUCGUUAAUUUUGUUACAAGGACAUCAGCAGAACUCGCAGCGGAAAAAAUUGCAAGUGUUGGAUUAGUAUUGUUGGAUACACCGUUACGAGUGACAUGGGGAAAACCAAAACCUAGAGGACCCAAGACUCCUGAACAACCAGAUCUGACCAAGAUGAAAGUACCUGCCCCUCCUUCUCUGGAUGCUAAGGAUAGUAAUGUCAAAUAUCCUAGUCAAGAUCCAACUUCUCAAGGUUCAACUGCUUUAGGUUCCAAUCCAACAUUCUUAUCAUAAUUUAGCAUUUAUCCUUCCUUUUUUUUUAUUUAUUUUUAUUUCAUUUUUAUUUACUAUCAUGAUGAUGAUGAUUAUUUAUUUUAUACAAAUUAUUGU